AAACACACACACACACACACACACACACAGAGUCGGUGUCCUCCUGACAGCGAGCAGGAAACUCGAGGCUGUCAAAAGAGUCCGUGAGUUCACUUAUGAGCGCCGUUUCUGCCGCGCAGGAGGCAAACCCCGCUUCAAAACGAGCAACAUGUCAGAGAAGCAGAAAUUUGUGAGUCCUUUCCACAGACCGCGCUGUUUAUCAGCCGCCGCGCCCGCGGGACAAGCCAAGCUCACACACCCUGGAAAGGCCAUUUUAGCCGGCGGGAUUGCCGGAGGCAUUGAAAUCUGCAUCACGUUUCCUACGGAGUACGUGAAAACACAGCUUCAGUUAGACGAGAAGGCAAACCCGCCGCGCUACAAAGGCAUCGUGGACUGUGUGAAGCAGACGGUGCGCGGCCAUGGGGUGAAGGGUCUGUACCGAGGCCUGAGCUCUCUGCUUUAUGGCUCCAUUCCCAAAGCCGCGGUGAGGUUUGGGAUGUUUGAGUUCCUCAGUAAUAAGAUGAGGGAUGAGUCUGGGAAGCUGGACAGUACCCGUGGCUUGAUCUGUGGUCUGGGAGCCGGAGUGGCCGAGGCUGUAGUCGUGGUGUGUCCGAUGGAGACUAUAAAGGUCAAAUUCAUCCACGAUCAGACCUCAGCGAACCCCAAGUACCGAGGGUUUUUCCACGGCGUGAGGGAAAUAGUCAGAACACAAGGACUCAAAGGAACCUAUCAGGGACUGACCGCAACAGUACUGAAGCAGGGCUCGAACCAGGCCAUCCGAUUCUACGUAAUGACCGCUCUCAGGAACUGGUACAAAGGUGAUAACCCCAACAAGACCAUUAACCCCUUCGUGACCGGAGUGUUUGGAGCCGUCGCUGGAGCCGCGAGCGUGUUUGGAAACACACCGCUGGAUGUGAUCAAAACCAGGAUGCAGGGACUGGAAGCCCACAAAUAUAAGAGCACGGUCGACUGCGCCGUUAAAAUCAUGAAACACGAGGGACCUGCUGCAUUCUACAAAGGCACCGUUCCCAGGUUAGGCCGGGUCUGUAUGGACGUGGCUAUAGUAUUUAUAAUCUACGAGGAAGUGGUUAAAGUUCUCAACAAGGUGUGGAAGACGGACUAAUGGGGGCGUGGCUCUGGUGGGCGGAGCCUGGCCUUUGUGACAUCAUAACACUGUGAUAUCUUCCAACAGCAGACGCCUCGGAAAGUCACUGAAAUGUGCUUAAUUACCUUCACUUAAUCAACAAACGGAGAGAUUUUUCCCAACUAAUGUGAGAAAGACACCAAAUGCUUACCCCAAAGACCAAUUUAAAUAUAGUUUUAUGGAAAUCUUUUUUCGGGAGACUCAAAUUUAGUUUUAUUUUUUAAACGUCAGGUAUCAUAGAAAAUUUAAUUGUAGUUUCAACAAUAUUAUUUAAGUGCAAUUUACCAGCAGAUAUUAUACGUUUCCAUUGCGUGUAUUUUAAUUUUAUUUUCCUUGAAUGUGGUUAUAUACUAAGUGCUGAAGACCUAAUCUUAAAAAACAAAAUAUGCAUUUUAGAAAAAUCUACAUGUAGUCUGAAAUGCAUAGAUUAGCCUCAUCUAAAAAAAAAAAAUAAAAAAUAAUCACCAAAGCUGUUAAUUAUGAAAAUGUGUUUUAUACCCUAUACAGUACUUGUCUGUGUUUUUAAUGAAAUCUCUUCUGCUGACCAGGGCUGCAUUAUUAUGCUCGAAUAUACGAAUAUAUCGUAAAAAAAUACCAUUACAAUUUAAUCAGCAUAUUAGAAUGAUUUCUGAAGGACCACGCGACUUGAUAAAUGACGUUUUAUAAUGCAUUCGCGUAGAAAAUGGUUAUCUCAGAUUGUAAUGGUAUUUCGCAAUAUCUCAGCCUCGAACAAAUGCGGCCUCGGUGAGAGGAAGAGGCCUCGUUAAAAACACCUAAAACGUCUGACAAGUAUCAUACGGUACGCGUGACGCACGCGCCUUGACGUUCGGUGGUGAUCCAGGUCUAGUGGUUAUUUUUAAGUGCCUAUAUUAAUACGCGUCGCGCGAUCUGUUUUUUGUAAUUCUGCUUGUUUACAUUCGAUCAUCCUGAGUAUAAUGAAACCCUGCUGUAGCAGUACGGCAUAAGAACAGUGACUUAUACAGUGACUGUGCGCCUCGACCUCUGAAAAUCGAACAGUAUUGUUUCACCCGAAGAGCCGGAGUCGCUCGAUUGCAAAGUUUUACUUCUUGAACCCGAGCUCGACGUUGUAAACGAUGCGAGGAAAUAAAGGUCAACGGAUGCGGCCUCUUCGAAGCCGAUCGCCGAUCGCCGAUCGCUCCCGUGCCUUAACGUUCUUCUGUUCCUCUCCUCCUUCGGCUCUCCUACCUCAAGAUGCUCUCGCCGCUCUGUAAAAACUCACAACAGAGGCGAAACGUUCAGCGCAUUCGAUCUGGGAACAGACAUUGUACAAAGCGAAUGUUUUCAAUACCGGAGUGGCUUAACUUAGUAGUACGCCACCGUUUUAGAGUUUAGACAUUACUGAAUAACUCGCGUUUCGCCUUGGUCGCGCCGUCUUAAAGAGGUCGGUGGUCCGCGCCUGUGCUCCUCGACUCUUAAAAGACGCGUUUUAGAUGCACAGUUACGCAACGAGUCUUGAACUGGCGUGUGUUUGACUUAAAAGGCGUUCGGGGCUGGAUGAUUUUAUUCUUGUGUUUCUGUGAAAGUUGUCAGAAUGCAUUGCGGACGGAAAUGUGCAUUAAUUGUCACGCUAAUGAAAAAAAUAACGUGCCUUCGGUUCAUGUCCUGGUUCAGAAUAAAUGAUGCUGACUGGA